GAAAGAAACACUAUGAUUAUUCGGAUUUAUUAAUCUAGGUGCAUCAUAAACUACAUGUUGUAUGCUCGGUUUUAUUUAUCUAGGUGAAUCAUCGACUGCUGUAUGCUCAAAUAAAAAUAGGAGUUAUAUGUCGUCAUCAAAGAGCGACGCAACAAACAGCUGCGCGCCGCUGGGCACAAGACUGUAACGUUACCAGACAUUCCCUGACUGCACGGAUUUGUGAUUUAACGUAGUUUGAUCUUUUGAUUGUGUCAAGUCGGAUCAUGGACAGUGAAGUACAGAGAGAUGGACGAGUUCUUGAUCUCACAGAUGAUGCCUGGAGAGAAGACAGACUGCCAUAUGAGGAUGUGACGAUCCCACUGAGUGAACUUCCAGAAGCAGAACAAGACAACGGCGGAUCAACCGAGUCAGUCAAAGAACAAGAGAUGAAGUGGUCAGAUCUCGCCUUGCAAAGUUUGCAUGAAAACACCCCAAACAUUGGCAGUUAGCGGGACGGCUCUGUCCUCUCAAACUGAUCCUUAUGUGGGUGAUCCGAUCCAGAAUUUAUUUAUAAUAGAAAAAAAUAAUAAUUUCUGAAAAUAUGACAUUAAAUAACUGUGCCAAUGUGAUUUUCAUUACACGGUUUUCAUUGUUUUGAUAUCAAAAUAACUAAAUAAAAUGUUUAAAACUGGA